AUGGAAUGGGUCUUUACAGGCUCCCUGGAAUGCUCCUCUCUGGAUGCAGCCAAAGCCCUCUUGGACCGUUAUCUUGCGCUUCCUGCCGCUGAACGCCAAGGCAAGGGUGCUGGUGACAUCCGGAAAUGGUGUUGCAACGACCCCACCUGGCUGGUGAUCGGUGCCAACACCGACAAUACCUGCUUUGUACAGGCCCUGAAGAAAGCAUGCGCCAUCCUCGACCUCCCGUUCACCUUCACCCAAGGCGACAUGUGUGCCUUCAAAGACAAGGAAGACAUAGCCCUUACCUCGUCGAUCCCUCUUUCCAAGUAUCACCUCUUCAUCCGUCACCUCGUCCUCGACCACGCGCUUCCCUUCCGCAACGAAUCCGUCACCACCAACAUCGCCAAGCGCUCGGCAAAUGACGUUGUGUACGACAUGAUCUCGGCGGCAGCGGAUGGCGGCGUUUACCUCGUGAUCACUUCCGAAAAAGAAGUUGAUAUCUUGGAAACGUUUCAACGCGAAGACAACCAACGCCCUCACCACCUCCAACGCAUCAGUCGCCUCAUCCCUACCCGUCCCCACUAUGGUGGCAUCCGCCGCCCACUUCGUGCCAACUUGGACUAG